AUGGUAUACUAUUCACGUUAUUCCUCCGUUUAUGCCAUCAUAUCUGAAGAAGACAAACGGAACGUGAGGGAAGAAGGAGAAAUACCAGAAACUACAUGUAUUUUUCAGGCUCUUCUCUCAGCUCAUGACACAGUAAGUUUGAGGGACUAUGAGCCAGAUCUGCCACCACUGCCUAAAGACCUGCCUGAAGACGAGGAGGCCAUGAGGAUUGUUUGCUUGGUCAAAAACAAUCAACCUCUGGGAGCAACAAUCAGGAGAGAUGAUGUGACAGGAGAAAUAUACAUUGCUCGUGUUAUACAUGGAGGACUGGCUGACCGCAGUGGUCUCUUGCAUGCUGGAGACAGGCUGGUGGAGGUAAACGGCCAUCCUGUAUUUGGAUUGGAACCAGAACAGAUUAUACAAAUUCUGGCUCACUCCCAUGGAACCAUAAUGUUUAAGGUGGUUCCCAUCACUGACAGGCCAGUCAACAACCAAACCAUGCUGUAUGUGCGUGCCAUGGUGGACUACAAUCCCCACAUGGACCCUUCCAUUCCCUGCGCAGAUGCCGGCAUGGCAUUCAGGAAGGGAGAUAUCCUGGAGAUUGUGGAUCAGUCAGACACUCUCUGGUGGCAGGCUGUAAAACUACCCAGUAUCUCUGCCUGCGCUGGCCUCAUUCCGUCCACCAGCUUGCUGAAAAGGAAGCAAAAAGAGUUAUGGUGGUCUCAGCCUUAUCAUCCUCACACUUGUGUCAAAACCUUGAGCACAGUGGAUGAAGAAGAUGACAUGAAUUCCAUAGAUGAAAAAUGUGUAGAAGCAGAUGAGGAGGCGUUUGAAUCUGAAGAGCUAAAGGAUGAGGAGAGUGAAUUCAGCACCAAUAUUGAAGGGAUUUACCUGACUGGUUUUCGACGAAGUCUGCGUCUCUGUCGCCAACGGAGAGGUCAGGCAUUUGGAACGUCCCAGUUCUGCACCCUACGCUGUCCCACGAGCUGUUACAGUUCACUGGCCAAACCGUAUGAGGAGGUGGUGCGGUACCAGCACCACCCAGAGCACCCACACCGCCUCAUAGCUCUGCUGGGUCCGUCUGGGGUCGGGGUAAAUGAGUUACGCAGGAGAAUAAUUGAGAUCAAUCCCAAGGUCUACCAAGGAGCCGUUCCCCAUACCACAAGGCCACCCAAAUGCCAUGAGGAAUCUGGCAGAGAAUAUCACUUUAUCAGCCGAGAGCAGUUUGACACCAUGGUCUGCAAUCACAGGUUUAUUGAGUUUGGGGAGUUGAGAGGUCAUCACUAUGGCACUAGCGUGGAUGCGGUUAAAGAUGUUUUGGCGAGUGGGAAGAUCUGUGUGAUUGACAUUGAGCCAUAUGCAUUAGAGUCAGUGAGGACUGCCGAGCUGAGGGCGUAUGUCAUCUUUAUAAAGCCUCCUACUGUUGAGCAGAUGAAAUGCACACGAAUGAACUCGCAUAUCAUCACAAAUUACUACACCAGCCGACCUUUUAAGGAUGAAGAUUUUCAGGAGAUAGAAGAUGCAGGACGCAAUAUGGAACAGCAUUACUGUCAGUUCUUUGAUCAUGUGAUAGUAAACGACGGCCUGCAGGCCGCAUGUGUGCAGCUGCUGACCGCAGUGAGGAGAGCUCAGGAUGAACCGCAGUGGGUACCGGCUGCAUGGAUCAGACCAACUGACCAGUCUUAAUAUGAAGAGCUCAGGGAUACUAUAGGAGAGCGGAUGGGCAUGAACAUGCAAAUAAACUUUUUUUGGGGUGAGGAUCAUGUGUUUUGUCUGUAAAAUGUUCCGUCUGAAUGCAAAAUAUGUUUACAUUUUUUUCAGAUGUCAAUCUUUUCUUCGCCCUUGUGAAAAAAUAAAUAAAACCUAAACAUCUAUUAAGCUCUCCAAAAGAGAUUUGGUAUUUUUGAGCACUCUUAAUCCGUUUUAAACUGUAUUUGAUUGUGAGGAUUUUCAGGUCUGGAGUGACAAGGCGUUAAUCAGAAGAACUGAACUAACGUCACUUGAGUUGAUGUGUUAAUGGGACAGUGGAAUUUGAAAGAAAU